GCGCCCGCCGCCGGCAUGCUGGACCCGUCGUCCAGCGAGGAGGAGUCGGAGGAGCUGGUGGAGGAGGAGAGCGGCAAGGAGGUGCUGGCCCCGGCCCCGCCCGGCGCUCGCCUCUCGCCCAGCCGCACCGGCGAGAGCCCCGGGCCGGGCGCCGGGCUGCAGCCCGGCGGCCGGGCCGGCGCAGGGGCGGGCGGCGGAGGGGCCGGCGGCGGCGCCCGGCCUUCCAGCCCCAGCCCGUCGGUGGUGAGCGAGAAGGAGAAGGAAGAGCUCGAGCGGCUGCAGAAGGAGGAGGAGGAGCGGAAGCGGCGGCUGCAGCUCUAUGUCUUCGUGAUGCGCUGCAUCGCCUACCCCUUCAACGCCAAGCAGCCCACCGACAUGGCCCGCCGGCAGCAGAAGAUAAGCAAGCAGCAGCUCCAGAUAGUCAAGGAUCGAUUCCAAGCAUUUCUCAAUGGAGAGACGCAGAUUGUGGCUGAUGAAGCUUUUAUUAAUGCAGUCCAAAGUUAUUUUGAGGUGUUUCUGAAAAGUGAUCGCGUGGCCCGGAUGGUGCAGAGCGGGGGUUGCUCUGCAAAUGACUCCCGAGAAGUUUUCAAGAAGCACAUUGAGAAGAGGGUGCGCAGCCUGCCCGAGAUUGACGGCCUCAGCAAGGAAACGGUUCUCAGCUCUUGGAUGGCAAAAUUUGACGCUAUUUACCGUGGUGAAGAGGACCCACGCAAACAGCAGGCCAGGAUGACUGCCAGUGCCGCCUCAGAGCUGAUCCUCAGCAAGGAACAGCUGUACGAAAUGUUCCAGAACAUCUUGGGAAUCAAGAAAUUUGAGCAUCAGCUGCUGUACAAUGCGUGUCAGCUGGAUAAUCCAGAUGAGCAAGCAGCGCAGAUCAGACGAGAGUUAGAUGGACGCCUUCAAAUGGCAGAUCAAAUUGCCAAGGAGCGCAAAUUUCCGAAAUUUGUAUCCAAAGAAAUGGAAAACAUGUUUAUCGAGGAGCUGAAGUCUUCUGUCAAUCUGCUGAUGGCAAACUUGGAAAGCAUGCCAGUGUCCAAAGGAGGCUCUGAGUUCAAGUUACAGAAGCUAAAACGCAGCCACAACACCUCAAUAAUUGACCUGGGAGAAGAAAAUGAAAACCAGCUUUCAAAGUCAGAUGUUGUGCUGUCUUUCUCCUUGGAGGUUGUCAUAAUGGAAGUGCAGGGUCUAAAAUCCUUAGCUCCAAAUCGCAUCGUUUAUUGCACUAUGGAAGUAGAAGGCGGAGAGAAACUGCAGACUGACCAAGCAGAAGCUUCGAAACCCACCUGGGGCACUCAAGGUGACUUUACCACAACACACGCACUUCCUGCAGUGAAGGUGAAGCUGUUUACAGAGAGCACCGGAGUGCUGGCUUUAGAAGACAAAGAACUUGGGCGGGUGGUUCUUCACCCUACUCCGAAUAGUCCAAAACAAUCAGAGUGGCACAAAAUGACUGUUUCCAAAAACUGCCCAGAUCAAGAUCUAAAGAUCAAACUUGCAGUCCGAAUGGAUAAACCUCAAAACAUGAAGCAUUCUGGAUACUUAUGGGCCAUUGGUAAAAACGUUUGGAAGAGAUGGAAGAAAAGGUUCUUUGUGCUGGUCCAGGUUAGUCAAUACACGUUUGCUAUGUGCAGUUACCGGGAGAAAAAAGCUGAGCCUCAAGAACUACUGCAACUUGACGGAUACACGGUGGACUACACUGACCCACAGCCAGGUUUGGAGGGUGGCAGAACAUUUUUCAAUGCAGUGAAAGAAGGAGACACAGUGAUUUUCGCAAGCGAUGAUGAACAGGACCGUAUCCUGUGGGUCCAAGCCAUGUACCGGGCCACCGGCCAGUCCCACAAACCUGUGCCACCGACCCAAGUUCAAAAGCUUAAUGCUAAGGGAGGAAAUGUGCCCCAGCUAGAUGCCCCAAUCUCUCAAUUUUCUGGACUCAAGGAUGCAGAUAGAGCUCAAAAGCAUGGCAUGGAUGAAUUUAUCUCUUCCAACCCCUGUAACUUUGACCACGCUUCACUCUUUGAGAUGGUUCAGCGCCUCACUUUGGACCACAGACUUAAUGAUUCGUAUUCUUGUCUGGGCUGGUUCAGUCCUGGCCAAGUAUUUGUGCUAGAUGAGUAUUGUGCACGAAAUGGAGUCAGAGGCUGUCACAGACAUCUCUGCUACCUCAAAGAUUUACUAGAACGAGCAGAAAGCGGAGCUAUGAUUGACCCCACCUUGCUUCACUACAGCUUUGCCUUCUGUGCAUCACAUGUUCAUGGCAACAGUCAACAAAUUACAGAGUUACUUGGUGGGUCACAACCAAAUGCAGACGGCGAGGGGGGCAAAAUGUUGAAUCCCUCUGCCACUGAAGUGGAGACAAAAAAGGAUUCCAAAAAGGAGUCCAAAAAAAGGAAAGAUUCCAAAUCCCAGCCGAAUCCAGAGCCGAAAAGGCCUGAUGGAAUAGGAACUGUAACUGUAGAAGAGAAAGAACGUUUUGAAGAAAUCAAGGAGCGGCUCCGCUUGCUUCUGGAGAAUCAGAUCACCCAUUUUAGGUACUGCUUUCCAUUUGGCCGACCUGAAGGUGCUUUGAAAGCUACUCUAUCCCUACUGGAAAGGGUUCUGAUGAAAGACAUAGUUACUCCUGUCCCUCAAGAGGAGGUAAAAACAGUCAUCCGUAAAUGCUUGGAACAAGCUGCUUUAGUCAACUAUACUAGACUAUCAGAGUAUGCCAAAAUUGAAGGGAAAAAGAGAGAAAUGUAUGAGCAUCCUGUCUUCUGCUUGGCCUCUCAAGUGAUGGAUUUAACCAUUCAGAAUCAAAAGGAUGCAGAAAAUGUAGGCCGGUUAGUCACUCCUGCCAAAAAGCUAGAAGAUACAAUACGUCUGGCAGAGCUGGUAAUUGAAGUUCUACAGCAGAAUGAAGAGCACCAUGCAGAGGGGAAAGAGGCCUUUGCAUGGUGGUCAGACUUAAUGGUUGAACAUGCAGAAACCUUCCUGUCAUUGUUUGCGGUGGAUAUGGAUGCUGCAUUAGAGCUGCAACCCCCAGACUCGUGGGACAGCUUUCCACUAUUUCAGCUCCUAAAUGAUUUCCUCCGUCCUGACUAUAAUUUGUGCAAUGGAAAAUUCCACAAACACCUUCAAGACCUGUUUGCUCCACUUGUUGUUAGAUAUGUCGAUCUGAUGGAGUCCUCAAUUGCACAAUCAAUUCACAGGGGCUUUGAGCGGGAAUCAUGGGAGCCAGUAAAGAGUUUAACAAGUAAUCUGCCCAAUGUGAAUCUACCAAAUGUGAAUCUCCCUAAAGUACCAAAUCUACCAGUUAACAUCCCACUAGGCAUCCCACAAAUGCCUAGCUUUUCUGCACCGUCAUGGAUGGCUGCUAUAUAUGAUUCUGACAAUGGAUCGGGAACCUCUGAAGAUCUGUUUUGGAAACUUGAUGCCCUACAGACCUUCAUUCGGGAUUUACACUGGCCUGAGGAAGAAUUUGGAAAGCACCUAGAACAGCGUCUAAAACUUAUGGCAAGUGACAUGAUCGAGUCUUGUGUUAAGAGAACCAGGAUUGCAUUUGAAGUAAAGCUGCAAAAAACCAGUCGAUCAACAGAUUUCCGAGUCCCUCAGUCAAUAUGCACCAUGUUUAAUGUUAUGGUUGAUGCCAAAGCUCAGUCAACAAAACUUUGCAGUAUGGAAAUGGGCCAAGAGCACCAGUACCAUUCAAAAAUAGAUGAACUAAUUGAAGAAACCGUCAAAGAAAUGAUAACACUCUUAGUGGCAAAGUUUGUCACCAUUCUGGAAGGAGUCCUGGCCAAACUGUCCAGAUAUGAUGAAGGGACAUUGUUUUCUUCUUUUUUGUCAUUUACUGUGAAGGCGGCUUCCAAAUACGUCGAUGUACCUAAGCCGGGGAUGGAUGUUGCUGAUGCCUAUGUGACAUUUGUUCGCCACUCUCAGGAUGUCUUGCGUGAUAAGGUCAAUGAGGAGAUGUAUAUAGAAAGGUUAUUUGAUCAAUGGUAUACCAGCUCCAUGAAUGUCAUUUGCACCUGGUUAACAGACCGCAUGGACCUGCAGCUUCACAUUUACCAACUGAAAACUCUUAUUAGGAUGGUAAAGAAAACCUAUAGAGAUUUCCGAUUGCAAGGAGUGCUGGACUCCACCCUAAACAGCAAAACCUAUGACACCGUGCGAAACCGGCUGACUGUAGAAGAAGCCACAGCAUCAGUUAGUGAAGGCGGAGGUCUACAGGGAAUCACAAUGAAGGACAGUGAUGAAGAAGAUGAAGAGGAUGAUUAGAUAAUUCUGGUCUAGAGGCCCACAUGGUGGUGGCUUCUUCGCCAGUGCAUGUACCUAGUCUAUUGUUCAGUUAGCCACAUUAGGAAUUUUUCUGUCCGCUCUAAAUACCCAUGAGAAUUUUACCAAUACAAUUGCCAUUUUAGCUGUGUGGUAAUAAGAUUAGCACCUCUGUUUGAUUCAUUGGUUUCCUAAUUUCAUAUCUAUAUGUUCAUAAGCAAUAUGGAGCACCAUUGUUUAAUACUGUUAAUGGAAAACUACAUAGAAUACAUGCUAGGUGUGUCCCUGUUAUAAUUAAAGUUUAAACAAUGCUUCAUUAAUGUACUGUAUAUACAUUGAUGGUAAAUUGUUGUGAAGAUGAGUGAAUCAAGUACUUUCAUUUCUUUGUUUCUCUUCUGUGGAUGCCAGCUGCUUAAAAUUAAUAAAAACAGCUUUGUUUUUAAAAGAAAACUGAGGCUGUUACAAAUGAGUUUUUUGUUCUCUGUUCAUUUUUUAAAAAUCCAGUUGUUUGAAUCAUUCUGCAUCCCAGUUAAUAAACCAUGUGCUUCUCCUUAAAGAUACAGUUAACUCCAGAGAGUGUAUGUACCAAUGGAUUAGUAAUUCUGAUUGCCACAACAGGUAAAUCCUGGCAUAAUGGAUAUAUCCAUGCCAUGGAACAGUCCAAAGCAGUUGUUUUAUGUCACCAUUUGCCCCUCUAAGUGUUACAUCUUGUUUGUUUCAAGUAUCUGUGUAUGUAAAAAGGCGACUUUACUUACAAUCUUAGAUUAUAAAAAAGUGUUUAUAAUAAUAUAGGAACUUUUAUUCCAGUAGACUGUUACCAUAACUUAAAUUCCUUUGUUUCACAAUGUUUUUAUCUAUAUGUCAUGUACAUUGCAUUUUGACCAGUAACUGCAUGUCCCUGAUUUCCCCCUCCAGAAGCUGUGUAAAAUAGUGGAUCCAUUUUGCUUUGGCCUUUUAUAAGCCAACAGUUGUAAAAGUGUGGGAACUGUGGCUUUUCAAUAAAUGACUAUUCAGAUGUCCUGAGAAUAAA